UAUGGCGGCGCCCACAGAGACAGUCAAUAAACUGUUGGCGUCUGGAAAAUAUCACGCUGCUUUGGCUGUCAUCAAAGGACUGAGGAAUGGGGCUGUAUAUGGUGCAAAGGUCCGAGCUCCACAUGCUCUUGUGAUGACAUUCCUUUUCAAGACUGGUCCACUGAGUGAUAAAAUCCAGACCAUACUGGAAGCCACAUAUACACAUUCAAGAAACUUGGCCUUAUUUGUAUUUGGAUACAAGGGCCUGACAACUAUUAUGGCUUGGUUACAAGCGGAGAAACUGCAGGCGCACUCAUUUAUGGCAGCAUUUGUAACUGGAUACCUGGUGUUUGGUCGAUACAAUAAGGUCAAUGAACAAAUAAACCUAUACUUGCUGUCACGUAUACUGUAUGGGUUGGCAAAACUGGCUGUUGAUAAAGGUUAUGUCACUAAGCCGGUGAAGGAACCUUUUCCCUGGUUUGCUGCAACAGUAUGGGGUGUUGUCCUGUGGUUAUUUGAGCAUCAUAAGAAUACCCUUCAACCUUCACUGAAGUCUUCCAUGACUUACCUUUAUACAGACAGUAACAAAUUCAAUAACCUGAGGAACUUUAUAAUCUACAACAAAUAAAAACAAACUGCAAUGUUUCAGUGAGGAUGCGACACAACAACUUCUUAUGUACUGUUCAUUAUGGUGAUAUCGGGCAUCGUUAUAGAUUUCUACCAUGACUUUAAUAUAAACAUUUACAUUUGUGUACAAAGAUUUUAUGUUAUUUUUAAAUUGUCAUGAAUCUGUUGAUUUGGGUAAUUAAAUGCAUGUGUACAUUGAUGCAUUUUAUGUGUGUAUGUAUUUACAUCUUUUGUCACGUCUCAGGAUGAAAACUGAAUAAAAUAUUUGAAAUUGUUGAUAACUGUA